AUGGUCCUAACGCUCUAUGGCAACCCUAUGACAACCUGCACCUGGCGCGUUGCGACUGUUCUCAAAGAAAAACAAGUGCCAUUCAUCUUGAAAGAAGUCAAUCUCUUAAAAGGAGAACACAAAUCCGCAGAUUUUCUUGAGAAGCAACCUUUCGGUGUCGUCCCUUGCAUAGACGAUGAUGGGUUUAUCCUCUAUGAAAGCAGGGCUAUUUGCCAAUAUAUUGCGGCCAAGUAUGCUAACCAAGGAACCCCUGGGUUAAUACCCGACUUUACCGAUUUUGCUGCCUACGCACUUUUUCAACAGGCAUCUUCGAUAGAGCAGGCAUAUUUUAAUGAAUAUGCUGAAAAGGCUGUAGUCGAAAAAGUUUUCAAGCCAAAGUAUGGGGUAGUCGGCAACGUCGAGCUUGCUGACAAACUUCUUGCGACUCUCGAGACAAAGCUUGAUGUCUACGAAAAAAUCCUCAGCAAACAGAAAUAUUUGGUCGGUAACUCUGUAACUCUCGCUGAUUUGUAUCACCUUCCAUACGGAUCGUUGCUUAAGGACGCUGGAGCAUCAGGCCUUGAUUCUCCGACAAGGCCCAACGUCGCCAGAUGGUGGAAUGAUAUUUCGUCUCGAGAAUCAUGGCAGUCUGUUAAGGACGGAGUCAUACCAUGA